UGCGCAUGCUCCGCGGGGCCACGGUUCUCCGACCGGCUGGGGUAGUGUCAGCUCCAGUGAAGGAAGUUUCCGCUUUGCACCCCACCCCGGACCACAGUUCUCUUGUAGGACCGGCUUCCCUCCGGCUCCACAUCAGCGCAUCCGGAUCAUGGGGUUACCCAAGGGGCCGGAGGGCCAGGGGCUCCCCGAGGUGGAAACGAGAGAAGAUGAAGAACAAAAUGUCAAGUUGACUGAGAUCCUGGAGCUCCUGGUUGCAGCUGGGUAUUUCAGAGCAAGAAUCAAAGGCUUGUCUCCCUUUGACAAGGUAGUAGGAGGGAUGACGUGGUGUAUCACCACUUGCAACUUUGAUGUGGAUGUGGACUUGCUCUUUCAGGAAAACUCUACGAUCGGUCAAAAAAUAGCUCUUUCAGAAAAGAUUGUCUCGGUUCUGCCAAGGAUGAAGUGCCCCCAUCAGCUGGAGCCCCACCAGAUCCAGGGCAUGGACUUUAUUCACAUAUUCCCUGUUGUGCAGUGGCUGGUGAAGCGAGCUAUAGAAACAAAGGAGGAAAUGGGUGACUACAUCCGCUCCUAUUCUAUAUCCCAGUUCCAGAAGACCUACAGCCUCCCGGAGGAUGAUGACUUCAUAAAGAGAAAGGACAAGGCCAUCAAGACGGUUGUCGACCUCUCUGACACUUACAAGCCCCGUCGCAAGUACAGGCGGCAGCAGGGAGCGGAAGAGCUGCUGGACGAGGAGUCCCGCGUCCACUCCACGCUUUUGGAAUAUGGCAGGGUGACCAAUCCCUUGAUGAGAUACGGAUUUAGUCGCCAGAGCAAAGCAGAGAAGGCGGAGGACAAGAAAACAACGCUUGCCGCGGGGCUGUCGGCCACAGAGAAGACGGAUGCUCACGAGGAAGAUGAGCUUCGAGCGGCUGAGGAGCAACGAAUUCAGUCCCUGAUGACCAAGAUGACUGCCAUGGCAAACGAGGAGAGCCGCCUCACCGCCAGCUCCGUGGGCCAGAUCGUGGGUCUCUGCUCUGCUGAGAUCAAGCAGAUUGUGUCUGAGUAUGCGGGGAAGCAAUCUGAGCUGUCCGCUGAAGAAAGUCCAGAAAAGUUAGGAACCUCCCAGCUGCAUCAGCGGAAGGUCAUUUCCUUGAAUAAGCAGAUUCUGCAGAAGACCAAACAGCUACAAGAGCUGCAAGGGAAUCAUACCAGCCUCCAAGCCAAGUACAGUGACAUGAAGAAGACACUGGCGGAGCUGAAGAAUCAUGGUGAGAAACUAGACAAAGAACAGGCAGCCCUGGAGAAAUUAGAAGCCAAAGCUGACCCGAGCAUUCUGCAGAGCCUGAGAGCACUGGUAGCCAUGAAUGAAAAUCUGAAAAGCCAGGAGCAGGAGUUUAAAGCACACUGCCGGGAGGAGAUGGCUCGGCUACAGCAGGAAAUUGAGACCCUGAAAGCUGAGAGAACACCAGGCGAGAAGACUGUCUCCGAUGGAGAGCCACAGGGUGCCCUGACCUCCACCAUGACUCACAACGAGGACCUGGACAGACGGUACACCAUGGAAAAAGAGAAGCUAUACAAGAUCCGCUUACUUCAGGCACGAAGAAAUCGAGAAAUAGCCAUUUUGCAUCGCAAGAUUGAUGAAGUGCCCAGUCGAGCCGAGCUGAUACAGUAUCAGAAGCGAUUUAUUGAGCUCUACCGUCAGAUUUCUGCGGUACACAAGGAAACCAAGCAGUUCUUCACUUUGUACAACACCCUGGACGACAGAAAAGUUUAUUUGGAGAAGGAGAUUAGCCUGCUUAACUCGAUUCACGAGAACUUCUCCCAAGCCAUGGCCUCCCCUGCUUCCCGGGACCAGUUUUUAAGGCAGAUGGAACAAAUCGUCGAAGGCAUUAAACAAAACAGGAUGAAGAUGGAAAAGAAGAAGCAGGAGAACAAGAUGAGAAGGGACCAGUUGAACGAUCAGUACCUGGAGCUUCUGGAAAAGCAGCGGCUCUACUUCAAGACUGUGAAAGAGUUCAAAGAGGAGGGCCGGAAGAAUGAACUCUUGCUGUCCAAGAUCAAAGCCAAGGCCUCCUGAACACCCAUCUCCACCUCUGUAUGUUGGCGAUAUUUUCAAUGGCAUGUAUAGACUACAGGAUCCUGAAACGGUUCUGAAAGUGAUGGUGGAAAGAUACAGGAAGACUCAUUUCAACUCUCCGGAUGGAUGUUUUCUUUCUCCUAUUUGUUUCUUUUCAUCUCUCCUGGCUGCAGCUGGUGGACUCAGAGUUUUAACACCAUGGCUUGGAUGACGCCUAGAACCCUGUGAAGAAAUGUGGGCGAUGCUCAUUCACUCUGCCCGCCCAACUUUUUCCUCCAGUAACACUGCAUUUAUGAAGGUACCUAGAUUUGUACAGGCCCUGAGAAUAAAGAGCAUUUAUUAGUUGAGCACCUGCUGAAAAAUGAGCCCUGAGAUAAAUGUAGCAGAAUACAGAACAUUGUCCCUUCUCCUCUGGCAUCUGGCAGGGGCCAGAGAGCAGAUACAACCCACUUGACCCCUGAGGCUUGUCCCUUGCAAUGUCUCAGAAGGCUGCUGAGGGAGCAGCCAGCCCAGUCCUGUGGCUGGUGUUGGCCGUGCACCUACCAUUGUGCCUUCUGUUCUGGCUUCUCACAGUGCGUGCAGACUAUGGGCGGGACUGGCAUGCAGAGAAAUUAGCCCACAGGUGUAGAGACAGAAGAGGUGAGGUUCCGGUUUUCUGGAGUUCACCUGUCUGUGUCGGGAAGACUGAUACAAAGUAACCCUUCAUCUGGAUCCAUGCUUCUCGGGUGUUUCCUUUGGCAUGGCUGUGGGUGUGUCCAGCCCUCAGGCUACAUGUGGUCCAGGAUAGCUGUCAGGGUGGCUCAGUGUCAUCCCUUUAGCCCUGCACACCACCUAGGUUCACUUGAUGGAAAUACUGCAAACGCACCUUCCAUUGAGGACACUUCAAUAAGAACUGAAGCUUCCCAUAUCCGGCUGGGCCUUGUUUGAGGUGUAUCCCAUGUUCCUGCACUGCAGAUGUCAGGGUCUAAGUGAAGAUUAAGAUGUGUAUUCUGUUCGGUACUAUCAGGGCAGACCUGGGGAAAGACAGUAGGCUCUGAGCAGGUUUUAGGGGCACGAGGACUCCAUGGAAGAAACAGUACUUGGACUAGUUCUGCAAGGAAGAGAAUGUUAGCUGAGCUGGGAGGAAGGGCCUUUAAUAACCCCCAAAGCCUUGGUUUUAGGCCCUGGAAAAUGAGCAGACCAAAGCAAUUGCAGAGUACUCCCCUCAGCAAUUAGGAACCUAGCAACUGGGUCAUGCUCAGUAAACCCCAGUGUGAGGCUUGUGCUUCAUCCUGCAUAAAGUUAACCUGAACGGCAGAUUGGGACCAUUUGACAGAAGCAUAAAUAUGUGAGGCAGGUGGAGCAUUGGGCAGAAGCACCAUUCACUGUUCAUUUCCUGAUGUAUGUGAUUAAGAUGCAUGGUGCUGGGGCCCAGUUGGUGAGCGCUUGCCUAGGUUCCAUCCCUAACAUCACACAAACCACACAUGGUAGGGCACAUUUGUGAUGUGCUCUCAGGAAGUAGAGUCAGGAGGAUCAGGAAAUCAAGGUCCUCCUAGGCUAAACAGCAAACUGGAAACCAGCCUGGGCUACAUAAGACUGUCUCCCACCCCAAAAGAAAAGCCCAGGCAGGCUUAAUAGCAUCCUCAGUUCCUGAAGCAGGGUCACUGAGCUGCAGUGAGCUGGGUAGGAACAGCAGCAGCUAAAGCAUCACUCCCCUGUGCCAGCACACUUCCUAGUGAGCCCUGUGCCCACCUCUGCCUGCACUGGGACCUGCAUCGUCACGAGAGCAUUGUGAAAAGUCUCGGCUGACGUAAACACUUGUAAAAUAAUAAUGAAGUUAAUAAAAAUAAAGUAGGACUUUGAGGAAGGAGACAGCAUUUUGACCUUGUUAGAACUAUCCCAAUUAAUAAAAAUAAAGUAGGACUUUGAGGAAGGAGACAGCAUUUUGACCUUGUUAGAACUAUUCCAAUUCAGAGGAGAGGAUCACUAGUCUGUAGACAUGUUCAACCACAGGGUCCCUGUAGCCAAGCAUCACUGUGAAUGUGGCCCAACACAAAAUUGUAAAGUAAUUUAAAAACAUUGAGGUUCUUUUCCCUCUCUGCUUUUUUUUUAAACUCCAUUAUACUGUGUACUCUGAAUAAACUUCGGAGGUGACGAUAUCAUGUUAUCAUAUCAAAAGGUUGGUCACUCCUGGUGGAGAGAAAUUGGUAGAUACCUUGUCCCAUUUUUUAAUCCACAAGGCUUAACACAGAUGAUGAGAGGUUCGUGUUACUAGCUCUAUAGUACCAGGUAUGAACUCCCUCCUGAGGAGCAGGCCACAGAUCUAAACAAAGUACAGUUGGUUACCCCAUAACAGUCAUGCCAGUAUUGCACCAAUGCUCACAUCUUGCCUGGCUGGUUGGUAUUUUAGUUGCAAGUUCAUAGCUGGCUAAGACUGUUGAUGACGCCCUCCUCCCCAGCUGCCUGUGGAGCAACAUCUGCCACCAUGAAAGCUAGCCAGCAGGGAGGAAGCAUCUAGCUAGGAUCUAUCUCGAUUUCUCUGUGACUUUCAUUCAAAGUAUGUGGUACCUGAAGCAGUAGUGUCUUUCCAUCUAGUUCUGGUGGCCAACCAUGAGCAUGGCCACCAUGAGUAUUGUUUUGGAGUCUCCUGGGUUGGCUGGGUUGGUUGAAUACUCUGAAUUAGGCUUCAGAAGCCAGCACUGAGAAUUCUACAUGUGCUUCUGACAUCCUGAAGCAUAAGACAGCACCUUUGUGGGUAAUUCCAGCAUGAAAUAGGCUGAGGAGAUUCCCUGAGGGCCCUGGUCAUUUCAGAAUCCAUCUGGAGGCUGGUGAAAGGGAGAGGCCUGCCCAGGCAGUGUCUUCUGUGCCCAGACAUGGGAUAGCAUUGUGUUCUAAGCCUCCUGGCUUUUACCAGAGUUAUAAGACAGUGGGGAAACAAUUGUAAGUGACUUUUUUUUCCCCCGUGUGCACUUUAAGAGAAACCAGAUUCAGAGCAGGGAGCUUAUUGACAGGACUGGCACCCAGUGCCAUGCUUUCUCGGUCUCUAGGUGAGGAGCUGCCUUCACUCCCAUUUCCUUCUCCUAGAAUACCUGGGGGUGCUCUGGUUACCACUCGCUUCUCAUGGAAUACCUGGGGGUGCUCUGGUUACCAUCAGGCUCAGAGCAGCGUUGCAGUCGUGAUCUAGGUGAGAAUAAAGUGAUGGUGAGAUGUCUGGGAGGAUGUGGGGACAUUCUGUUGUUCUCCCAUGUUCAGUAUUUAGUCAGCCAGCAGCACGUGGGCAGCACGUAGUACCAUAGAACAGCUGCCAGCCUGUCUCCAAGGGCUGGUGUUUUCCUACUGGAGCAGAGCUUAUGUCGGGCUUAAACAGUGAAGACACAGACUGGUGGUGGAACCAGACCAGCAUUGGUCACCAGGCAGGGCUCUUCCUCUCCACACUGUCCCUGGAGACCUCUCAAAACCUUGAAGAAAACAUGGGGCAGGCCCUCCAGCAGCCCUCUUACUACCUCACAAAGUGCCAUUCCCAUGGACUGUCACUUUGGCAGACUCUCAGCUUGUCUAUCCUGAGUAAAGCAGACACUACCUGAAGGGGUAUCUGGGACACCCAUCCCGGUCUGCAGCCUGUACCUUCUAUAUUCCUCCCACCUCCACGGUUCUAUCCUGCCUGCUCUCCAGGCCAUGGAUGGUCAGUUUAAGGGGACUGGAUAUCCUAGCAAUAACUUCUAACAGUGACUUUGACUUGUGAAGGUUCAGGUGGUUGAAUUGGAAUAUGCUCUGAGAAACACUGGAAGGAGGUGGUUAUGAUGUAGUCAUUGCCGGGGUUGGUCACCAAGAAAAAGAACACCUUAAUGCAGAGCAGUACAGCGAAGAGUAACAUGGGUGCUACUGUCUGUUCUUGCAGCUGGGCGUGGCCAGAGGAAGAGCCUUAUGAGAUGUGUCUUAGAGUCCGCCAUGCUCUCUCUUCUAGCAGCAGGGGGCAGUAGGCCAAAGUUGUCCAUAAAAUGUAAUGGAGAGCUGGGGAGACGGCUUAGCAGUGAAGUGCUUGCCUUGCAAGCAGGAGGACCUGAGUUAGCGUCCCCAGCAUCCACAUAAAAAGGCAAGCACAGCCAUGUGCUCUCGUAUUCCCAGCACUAGACAGGCAGAGACAGAACGAUCUCUGGGCCUCACUGACCAGCCAGACUAGCUCAAUUGGUAAGCUUCAGAUUCAGUGAGAAAACCUGUCUCAUAAAAUAAGGUGGAAAGCAAUCCGAAGGCAACUGAGUUGACCUCUGGCCUUCACUUGCACAGGCAUAUACAUGCACAUGCACACACACCCCAUACACAUAUAGGAACAUGCACAUACAAAAAAGUAAUGCAUGUUUCUAUCUUCUUAGAAUAAAUAUGAUGUAUGAGAUCAUGAUCAGGGUUUUAGUACCUCAUCUGCAGUGUGUUUGACUCCAUGGGGAAUUUCUUCUUCUGUAUCCUCAUCAGCCUAUAUUAGUUUCCUAGAUGGACUAAGUUCACCCUCUGUGGGUAUUUUCCUCAUAUGUCCUCUGACUAGGCUCUGUCCUCUCCCUGGCUUGGUGUAGUGGCUUCCCAUGAUCAUCUGUGUGGUCCCUUUUACAUUGGCCUCCUGAUCCCCAGUCCACCCACCACAUCUGUUGUCCCAAUGACACACAUCGAUGCUCAAGGUUCCCAGUCCUUUUCAAGAUCUACACCUUCCCUCUUAGGAAUGUAUAAGGGCAGCAAAAACAGGAACCUUGACCACCUUAUUGUGGUUCCUCAAAUGGUCAGAACACCCCACUUGGUUAAGUCAGCUCCCCAGAUUGUAUCUUUAAAUCCUGUAGUAGCAAAAUAUAGACUUAACCUAAUCCUUGCUCAGGUUGAAACAGGCUGGCAGUUCUAGUCAGCAACAUUAGAGAAGUUCUCUAAGAUGUGUGUUCUUUAGUCACUAACCUUGAAGGUUGGAAUGGAAAAGAGUUUUCCAGAAGUUUCCAACCUUUAACCAAGAUCACCUUUUGGAGAUGUCCAGUAUUGUGGCAGAGAGGGCACAUUGAUGUCAGAUAGGAUCAUGAGUAUAUGUUCUUCAAACGUGGCAGAUGCAUCUUAGCCACAUGAAUCCAAGAAAAGGGGAGGUGCUGUACACCUGUGGGCAGCAGCCCAGUGAUGGCAGAGCUGAAAACCUGCAGCCUCCUCCUCGGAGGACAGCCGAAUAUGUAUAUCACAAAUCCAAGCGGACCGCCUUUUGAACCAGCAGUGCCAUGUCUAGGAACUUUUCUCAUGUACAGAAACUUUUAUUAAAGCAACGUUUGUAAUAACAAAGAGUUAGAAACUAUCAUUAAUUCAGAACAGGGGUGAAAAAUCAUGGCCCAUCUCCACAAUGGGGCUUUUUGCAGAUAGUUAAAGUAGACCUGCGAUGUGUAUUGCCAGGGAAUGUUCACAGAUCUUGGAGCCACAUGGCUAAGUGGGGGAAGGAGACAUGCACGAACAUGCAUGGAAUGCUAGUGUUUGGGAUAGAGAUAAAUACAUGUGUUGUAGGUGUGUGUAUGCAUAUGUGUGUGUGCAUAUACUCACACAUAUGCUUGUGAUGCGUCUGCUUGCCUGUGCCCAGUGUCUCUCAGAAGUGGCACAGUAGCCUGGCAACCUAGGUUGCCUCCUGGAAGAGGGUGGGAAUGACUUUUCACCACUUGUCUUUUGUAUUCUGGAAUUUUGUACCAUGUACAUGCAUUAUCUACUCAAAAAUAAAUAGUUUUUGAAGUUUAA